AUGAAAUCUGGAAUUCGUACCAGAGCGGUUUCUUGUAAACAAAUGACUAUGGUGACACCUCUUCAUCUUCUAUUGUUUGGUUGUAAUAGGAUAGAAUUGGUAAAUGGAGUUGUUCAAUUAGAUAGAUGGCCCAUGCCCUCAGGACCUCCAAGAAAACAACCUCGAUUGAGUUCCACAAGAGGUGGAGGCAGUUUCAAUACUGGAAGAGGAAGAGGAGGAGGAGGAGGCUAUGGAGGAGGUUUUCGCAAUAAUUUUGGAGGAAAUCAAAAUUUUUCUUCUGGUGGAGGAAACAAAUUUCAAGGUGGUGGUGGUGGUGGUGGAUACAACAAAAGAUUUGGAAGUGGAAAUAACUCUAGAGGAUUUAAUAGAAGUAGUGGUUAUCGAGGGUGGAGUAGUAUGGGUGGUGGUGGAAAUUACCGUUCAAAUUUUGGUGGCAAUGAUAGAGGAUUCAGUGGAGGUGGAAAUGACAGAGGAUUUGGUGGUGGAAAUGGAGGAGGUUUUGGCGGUGGAAAUGGAGGCGGUUUUGGUGGAGGUGGAAAUGACCGAGGAUUUGGAGGUGGAAAUGACAGAGGAUUUAGUGGUGGCAACAGUGAUAGGGGAUUUGGAGGUGGCUAUGGAUCUAGAGGCGGAGGUGGAGGAAGUGGAUAUGGAAGUGGAGGGUACGGAGGUGGCGGUGGGGGAGGAGGAGGAGGAGGAUAUGGAGGUUAUGGAUCUGAUGGAGACAGAGGUUUUCAGGGUGGUUUUAACAGAGGUGCUGGUGGAGGAAGGGGUGGUGGUUUUUCUAAUAGAGGUGGAUUUGGAGGAGGUAAUUAUCAAAGUAGUUACAGUGGAGGUGGAAAUUUUGGAAAGGGUGGGGACUUUUAAGAGAAUUAUUGAUAUUCUGAGCAUUUAUGUACAUUGUAGUAUUUUCACAUGUGUUAAGUCUUGUGAGAUUCAUUCAUUUCGUAGUAUUUUGUAAAAUAAUUCAUUUUAAACUAAAUAAAAUUGUAAAACUAAUUA